UUAUGAAGGGUGGAAAACAAUCAAAGAAUAAGACAAUUUGGGAUUAAGUCAAAAAUGAAGAAAAAGACUUCUAUUUCAACUACCUUACUAAAAAAUAUAGAAAUCUCUAAAAAAAACUUAAAGACAUUGCUGAUUUAGAAGAAUUGUAAAAAACAAAAGAAUUGAAACCUGAAUAAAUUUAGAAGAUUCAAAACAAAGAUGAGAAUAAUGAAAGAAUUAAAGAAUUAGAAGCCUAAGUCUCAAAUUGGUUGUAAGCUAAGAAGGAAGCAGAAUAAAGUGGUUCAAUCAUCACCUAAGAAGCUUUCAUCCUUCUAUUGGAGCAUUUAUCUGAGAAUUAAGACACCCUAGAAUUACUCUCUUAAGAUCAUUAAUCUUUAUAUGAAUUGGCUAAAUAGCUUCAAAUUAGAGUCAAUAAUCAAUAAAAGAAAAAGGAUCAAUAAUGGAAGGGUUUAAAAGUAUUAAUUAAUAAAUAAUAAAUAUUAGUUAAAACACUCAUAACCAGAAGUUCAUCAUCAUGAAGAAACAACCUAAUAAAUCUAAUAGUAACAAUAAGAGAUUACUUAAUAACCUGAUACAAUAGAAACUCAUAAAGAAUAACCAGUCUAAUAAGAAUAAUAUGUUUUGAUAAAAUCUAGCCCAAAGAAAACAUUUUAAGAUGAAAAUCGUUAAUAAAUUCAUUAACCCAUAGAAUAGCUUACAAAUUAACAUAGUGAAUAAUAAGAAUAAUAAUAAGAAUAAAAUCAUCCAUAAUAAGAAGUCCCACAAUAAUAAUAAUAAGUAAUAGAAGUAAAAGAGGAAUAAUAACAUGAUUAAAGGGGUAAUCAUUAACAUCAUAGAGAUGGACAUAAACAUUAUCAUAAUGAUGAUCAAAGAAAAGGAUAUAAAAAAAAUUAUCAUAAUGACAGACGAAAUAACAAUAAUGGAGAUAACAACAAAUAAUACAGAGGAAAUAGAUAUCAUAAUAAAGAAAGACCAUAAAGAUAGGAAUGGUAAGAAAAGAAGGAUAUCUAAGAAAAUAAUUAAAAUAAUGAUAAUUAAGAUUAAAAUAGCUCAGAUGAGGAAUACAUCACCAUCGAACGUAGGUUAAUAUAUUAUGUAUAUUUCUAGAACAAAAAAACCUUAGUAGAAACCAAGUCGAGGAUCUAAUCGACAUCAUUAUGAUAAUAAAAAUAGAUAAUAAAGAAAUCCCAAUGAAAAUCAAGGAACUGUUGAUGUCUAAUAAUGAG